AUGGCUUCAGAUGGAGCAUCUCCACUUCCGGGACCAGAUGUGACUAUGAAACCUGGUGCUGCCCUAUCUCCUUUUACUGCGCUUCCCUUUCCCCCACCUACUCCUGGCCCACCAGACCAGCCACUCUGGGAGCCAUCUCCACAGCCCUCCCUGACUUCUGCAUUCUCUCCAGGCAACCCUCUGGUGCUCUCUGCUUUCCCCAGCCCGCUGUUGGUGACUGGAGAAGCCAGCUGUGGCCCCAGUGGGGCUGGGACUGCGACUGGGAAGGUCAUUGUCAAAGUCAAGGCAGAAGGGGGACCAGCUGAGCCCUCUCAAACUCAGAACUUCAUCCUUACUCAGACAGCCCUCAGUUGGAUUCCCUCAGGUGCUCCCUGUGGGGGCUCUGAGGGUCCUCCUGCCCAGUACAUUACAGCUUCUAAUAUGAAGCCCAUCCUGCCCACUGAAGCUGUUGGGGUGAGCCAGGAGGGUCCCCCAGGCCUUCCUCAGGCUCCACCACCAGCUGCCCAACUGGCCCCUAUUGUGCCUCCAGAAAAGGCUUGGCCAGGGCCUCAAGGGGCACUUGGGGAAGCAGGUUCUGCAUCCACCCAGAAGCCCUCACUAGGUGACCUGGCCUAUACUUCCAAGGGCGUUUAUGAGAAUUUCCGACGCUGGCAGCGCUACAAGGCCUUGGCCCGGAGGCACAAAUCCCAAAGUCCUGAUGUAGAAGCUCUUUCCUGCUUUCUUAUCCCAGUGCUUCGCUCUCUGGCCCGCCUGAAGCCUACCAUGACACUGGAGGAGGGACUGCCGAGGGCUGUGCAGGAGUGGGAGCACACCAGCAACUUCGACCGGAUGAUCUUUUAUGAAAUGGCGGAAAAGUUCAUGGAAUUUGAGGCAGAAGAGGAGCUGCAGAUACAGAAUGCACAACUGAUGAAUGGUGCCCAGGGAUUGCCUCCUGCAGCCCCUUUGAAAUCUGAUCCUCCAGGGCCACCAGUCCCUGAGGUUUGCCAGCAGCCAGUGUACAUUCCAAAGAAGGCAGCCUCCAAGGCACGGGCUCCCCGCCGGCGGCAGCGCAAACCCCAAAGGCCUCCAGUUCCUGAGGCACCCAAGGAGAUUCCACCAGAAGCUGUGAGAGAGUAUAUUGACAUCAUGGAAGGGCUGGAGGGGAAUCACUUGGCCACUGGGGAGUCGGAUGGAAAACAGGAGGAGCAACAGGAGGAAGAAGCAAUGUAUCCAGAUCCAAGUCUCCUGAGCUACAUCGAUGAGCUGUGUUCUCAGGAGAUCUUUGUCUCCAAGGUGGAGGCCAUUAUUCACCCUCAAUUUAUGGCAGAUCUGCUGUCUCCAGAACAGGAGAGAGAUCCUUUAGCCUUAAUGGAGGAGCUGGAACAAGAAGAAGGACUCACUCUUGCCCAGCUGGUCCAGAAGCGACUCUUGGCCUUGGAACAGGAGGAUGUGGAGACGCCUCCAAAUUAUAGUGCAGCUCAGUUGGUCUCGAGCCAUUCUGUUUCUGAUAAGGAUGAAGGUGGGGGUGGGAGGCCUCGGACAUCAUCUGGGCCACAGCAGGGUACUGUUUGCCUUGGAAAAGCUGUUUCUUCAGGAAAGCAGGCAAGAGAAAUGCAUGGUGGGCAGCAGCGAGCUCUAGAUGGUCUAAGGGGAAUGCGCAGGGAGGGGAACACUCUGCCAUCCUCGAGUUGGGACCUGCAGGUAGAACUUGGGGCUUCACAGGGAACUCAGGCACUCUUGGGUAUGGAGAGAAAAGGGUCUAGGAAGGUCAUAAACCAACUGUCACCACAUCAGGAGGGCCACCUGGGAGGUGCUAGGUCCCCUGGGCACUGCUUGGCAGCUGACAGGACUUCAGAGGCUUUGCCCCUUUGCUGGCAGGAAGGCCCCCAGCCCAAGAAAGCUCCUAGUUUGGAUGUUGAGCUUGAAAAGCCAGCUCCUCCACAAGGACAAGGGUUAGAAAAGCAGGGUCUGGGGCUGCAGACAGUACAACAGAUGGGGGAACUUGAAGUGCUUCCUCAAGGGAAAGAGCCUUCAGCAGCACUCCAGGAAGGCUCCUCAGGAACCAUGUGCAGAGAUGACAGAGGUCCUCCCAUGGUUCAGAACUGUGAUCAAAAACCUUCCCCUGGAGCAGCUGGGGACAGGGACAGGACCUCUCUUAGCCCAGGACUGUGGCUGAGCAGUGAGAUGGAUGCUGUAGGCUUGGAGUUGCCCUUACAAAUUGAAGAAGUCAUAGAGAGCUACAAAGAUGGGGAAUGUAUAACUGAGCAUCAGGAACUGGGCUCCGGGAACAGCAUUUCUCUGGAUUCUGGAGAAACCACGGUGCCUAGGGAUGUGGGGAGCAGUGUGGUUCCCUGUGGAGAGACAGAUGCCACAGCUGCCCUAGAAAAGAGAAACUACUGCAGCUUGUCAGUACCUCUGAGGGCCAAUAGCCCAGUCUUGGGACCCAAUAGAGAACAGAUCCCUGAGACAAUACAGGACAGUGAUCUCUGGGCUGAAGGUUGUUCUCCACUGCUGGAAAGCAGAGUUGGUACCUCCACAUUGGGGUCUUUCAAAGAAACCCUGAUGCCUGCAUGUCAAGGCAAUCCCAUUAUUCUAGGGACCCAGGAUGCUUCCUCCUUCCCGGAGGGCAGCCAAGAGGCAGGGAGCAGAGGAAAUCUCUUUUCUCCUCUGUUGGAAACCACAGAACAUAAAAACAUACUAAAUGUUAGAGAUAACUGUAACCUCCAACUAGGGGUCAGCAAGGAUACCUGUCCUAUAAAUUUUACUUCUGAUGAUCCUCAAGGAGUGGGCAGGGAAGACAAGGGUUUGUCUAAGCUGAACGACCUUGUUCCUUUACAAAGCAAUCAAGACACCUUGACACUGAGGGCCUCCCAAUCAACAUCUCCUCACCAGGGCCUUCAGAGCUCUUCCCCUAGAUGGGGAACCAGGGAUGCUUUAGUCUUGAGAGAAACCUCUCCUAUGAGUAAAACACACACCUCAGAUGUGAUAAAAGGAGGGGAAAAGGAGGAGGGGGAAGAUGAGGAAGAUGAGGGGCUCUCUAACUUUACCUACCUCUUGGCCUCAAAACUAAGCCUGUCUCCAAGAGGGCCUCCCCUCAGUCCUUGCCAAGCCUCAGGAAGUCGGUCCAUCCAAAGAGCAUCCUACCCCUCCACUGAGGAAAGAGGCCUUAGCCAAGCUCCAUAUCCUGUCAAGUCUGGGAAGCGGGCUGUAGUUGGAGGUCCAGCUGCUGCUGAAAAGAGACCCCAAUCAGGAACUCAACUUGGGGUCCCUGGGGAGAAACCCCUGGCUCUGGGAGCUGUGCGACCCUCACAGCCUCGUAAAAGGCGGCGUGACAGUUUUGUCACAGGCAGAAGAAAGAAACGACGUCGUAGCCAGUAGGAAGCAGAGGGACCAU